UUCACCUUUGUGGAUUUUUUUUUUGCAUGUGUGAGUCUUGCAUGUUUCGCAGUGUAGCCUACCGCAGGUCUGAAAGACAGUUAAUACUGUAACUGGACUUAAGCGAACGAACAUCAGUGUCUUAACUCGGGAAAAAACGGGCACUGGAUUUAUUUUAUUAUUAUUUUAUUUUUUGCUGUUUUCCAGACUCAGAUCCCAGAAGUGGCAUGACUGGUAUCUGGCAUCAAGACAGGUGAAUAGUUUCCUUUCAUUCAGAUAAGAACUUUUUUUCCUCGUCAUUAACAUUGAGGAUAAAAGUCCACCUUUUUGUAAAAGAUGUCAAAGCCUGUCGAUCAUAUCAAAAGACCCAUGAACGCGUUCAUGGUUUGGUCCCGGGGCCAAAGGAGGAAAAUGGCACAGGAGAAUCCCAAAAUGCACAACUCGGAGAUCAGCAAAAGACUGGGUGCGGAGUGGAAGCUGCUUUCAGAGUCUGAGAAGAGACCUUACAUUGACGAGGCCAAGAGGCUGCGGGCUCAGCACAUGAAGGAACACCCCGACUACAAGUACAGACCCAGGCGCAAACCCAAAAACCUGCUGAAGAAGGACAGGUAUGUUUUCCCUUUGCCUUACCUCGGGGACACAGAUCACUUGAAGGGACUCCCCGUUUCGGCCGCGGACUCUCUUUUGGGCUCAUCGGAGAAAGCCAGGGCAUUUCUGCCGCCGACGUCCGCUCCAUACUCCUUUCUCGACCCGAGUCAGUUCAGCUCCAGCGCCAUCCAGAAGAUGACAGAGAUGCCCCACACGUUGAGCACCAGCACUUUGCCAUACGCGUCCUCUUUGGGAUACCAGAACGGCGCGUUCGGCACCCUUGGGUGCCCCAGUCAGCAUACCCACACCCACCCGUCGCCCACAAACCCGGGCUAUGUCGUCCCCUGUAACUGCACAGCCUGGUCAGCGUCAAGUUUACAGCCCCCGGUGGCCUACAUACUUUUUCCAGGUAUGACCAAGACUGGGAUAGACCCAUAUUCAUCCGCACAUGCCACUGCCAUGUAACCCUCAAGACUGUUUCCUCUUUAUAAUUAACUUGAAUACUGAAAUGCAUGUAUAUACAUUAUGGACAGCGCGCCCCGCAGAAAAGGCAAGAACAGUACUGACUGCCUUGAACUUGUUUGGCAAACAAACAACAUCAACAACAACAACAAAAAAAAACUUUUUCCAGAAAUCCAACAACACGUUCCUGACCUGAGCAAUGGAGCUGGGAAUUGGUGUAAAGGACGGUGCCCUGUGAACUGUAAGAAAUGUAAAUGUUAUAACGUUUAUGGCAACCAGAAAAGGAGGCCUUUAACUUUAUUUAUUGUGUACAUUUCGAUGCUGAUAUGAUGAUUUGUGUUGAUUAUUGAUAGGCUACUCUUUUAUUUUGAAAUUUGGCUUGCACAAUUUACUAUUAGCAUUCUUAUUUCCUGUAUAGGCCUAAGUAUUAGUCUACAUUUUGGCACUCGUAAUUUUAUGAUGUUAUGGAUAGGGUCAAAAUCAGGACCUAUAGGUUGGAUAUACGGGUUAAAGCCUAUUGUUUAUAUUUAUCAAACUGGCACAUAAAACUAGACGGUCUAUUUAAGAUGACAAAAGAAAAAUCAUUAACAUCCAAUGUUUAAUUUUGCAUUUUUCCUGUGGUUCAGUGCUAAUAGUCACACGCGUCAUUUUUGUUUUGAGGAUAACUUCUAUUUGAAUUCAAGAAGUUAUAUGUGUAUUUUCUAUCUAAGAUGGUAAUUUAAAACC